AUGUCAAUGGAACUGCCACAUGAUGCCGACACAGUUGACUUUGGAUCUAUGGAUGAUCUUUCGCUAUGGGAGUGGGGUACAAGUGGAGUCGAUCCAGAUUGCACAAACGGUCACCACUCAGGUUCUGUGGAGCAGAUGUGGGGUCUUCCGUCAAGUCAGGUCAUGCUCAAUGGUACGAAGUUCGGCGCCGGUGUCAUUGCCGGAGAACCAACGCAAGAGCCAUCACCACCCAUGAGCCAGAUAGGCCGACAGACCACAUACCAGGACGAUCAAAUCCUUCUUACACACGUAACCGGCUUUUCCAAGGAUCCUAUUUCUUCUGAUACAACUGCUUCAGACCUCCUCUUCGACCUAUCCAAGGAUGUGGAUUGCCAAUGCUCUUCCCAAUUGAGUCAGCUCAUCUACUUGGUUAGUCUUCGGCUUGCGAAACCCACUACUCUAGACGUUGUCUUUGCUGUGGAGCAACAGUUAAACAGGACAAAGGACACAAUCUCUACGUGCGCGCAAUGCUCCUUCAACUCGCCGUACGUGAGCAUGAUGUUUUGUACUUCUAUAAGCUGGGUAAUUGAGCAUCUGCAGACGUACAUACGUGAGUCGAAUUCAGUGAGCGCGCUCAAUAGUCAAGUCACAUACCUGACGAUUGGUGGUUUGACACUGAGUAAAGAGAUGUCACACUCAUGUUUUGAGGCACUAGUAAAGCUUCGCCUCAGACGAGUCGUCCAGACAGCACGAGAAUUGGCAGUGCUCGACAUCCAGACCAAGAGUACGCUUUUGGAUGGGAUGCGGUCAGCAGCAGUCGAUACUGGAGCUGCAGCGCAACAGAUGUUUGGGAUGUUGGAGAUGAGGGGCGCAUCUUAG